AUGGCGAGCUUCCUCAGGGAUUUUGUUGGAAAUUCAUGGAAUCCUGCUGCAGGAACCAUCAUCCUGGAAUUUCAACCCAUUGCACAAUAUGAUCCGUAUCGGUCAACAUCAUUGCAAUUGCUUCAAUUCGAGGAAAUAACACUGUGUGUUCCAACCGAACUAACACCUGUUCCAAGUAGAACUCGACGAGCUCUAUCUGUUCCAAAAAUAAAAUUUUGGGAAAAAUCACUCCUUCAACCCCGAAAAUCCAAAAAAUCGCAAAAAAACACCCAAAAAACAUCAAAAUCAUCGAAAAACUCGGGCGGAUUCGCCCUACAACCACCUAUCUCGAUUCUGACAACUGUUCCAGAUCACGCUCGACGAGCUCUAUCUGUUCCAAUCAUUAAAAAUUGUAUAGGUCCUUUCCUUACCCCUCAAAAUCACAAAAAACCACUAAAAAUACCCCAAAAUCAUAGGAAAACCCGGACGGAUUCGUCUUACAACCACCUAUGUCGAUUUCGACAACUGUUCCAGAUCAAACUCAACGAGCUCUAUCUGUUCCAGUCCUUAAAAACUGUUCACAUCCCUCCCUUACCACUCAAAAUUGCAAAAAGCCACAAAAAAACGCCAAAAUCAUCGAAAAACCCGGGCGGAUUCGCCGUACAACCACCUAUCUCGAUUUCGACAAGUGUUCCAGAUCAAGCUCGACGAGCUCUAUCUGUUCCAAUCGUUCAAAAACUAACCAUAUGUCCCUUUGCCCCCGAAAAUCCACAAAAACAUGCAAAAUCGGCCCAAAAACGCACUUUUUUCGAGACGGAUUCGCAUUCGGCAUCCUUUCGAGUGAACCAACAUUGGUUCCAGAUCGAGCUCGACGAGCUCUAUCGAUUUCACACAUCAGUUUUUAGUUUUGACCCAUUUAUGCCUGAGAAAAACACUAGUUAUCACGAAACCUGUCAAAUGUGCAUUGACAAAAAAAAUUCAUUUGUUGAUUCAUCUCAACCAAUGGGAUAUUUUCAUAAAUAA